GGUCUUGGAAACAAAGACAUGGGCAAGAACUUCCACGGGGCGCGCACAGAGGUCUUCUGGGACGUGACUGACUUCCCUAUCCGUACCACCGAUCGCUCUUAUCUCGAGACUCUCAGAUCAGUUAUUGGCAACUAUGGUUAUACUGGUCCGCUGAGACUCAGGGCUUAUGGUGAGAAGAAACCGGACAAUCUGGGUGAUGGAAUCACCUUCGAACUCAUAGGGGAGAAAUUUGCGAGACUUAAUAAGAUGUUACUGGACAUUGGUCUAUGGGAACUGGACACAACUCACUUGUCUCUUACCCUAACGAAUGUGCUGGUAAUCGCAGAAAACAUUGACGAAGAUACAAGCUUUGUCAGCGUUUCUAGGAAUUUGAAAUCACAUGCUAGAAAUUGUCUCUGGGUACUGCCUGAUGAUUACGAAGAUGAAAAAAUAUACCGUGUCAAACUUCCUAGUGCAAACUUCAUAUGGAAAUGGCAAGAUCUAUUGGAUGGAAACGAACCUAUGUCCAAAGACAAGGUAUCUUCAAUGCGUUGCAAGACUCCCUGUGAUCGCCUGGGGUGAGAUUUGAUUCCAAGAAUAAUGUGCAUCUUUAACUUAAAUGUUUGAUUCCAAGAAUAAUGUGUAUCUUUGUGUAAUAAUCUCUCACUAGGAUAAGAUCCGCGCCUUGCGCGGAGUUAAGUUAUUAUUUUUAUUAUAUUUUGGAGAAUGAAACAAUAGUUUGGCUUCAUUUGGAUUAGGGUUGUUUAAUCCAGA